UGUCGUUGACAUAUUUUUACAUUUUAACUAUGUAUAUAUUUUCGCGUGUAUCAAAAUAACCUCUAAGUAAACCCGCCAAGCCUUCCCAAAAAUUACGCAGUUAAUAGCCUUAUCUCCCCAAACUCUACCUUCUUCCACGUUCCACAACCGGCCCAAUUUCCGCGAUAAUACAAAUUAAGUAGUUGCAUAUUAUCUACAAGUACCGGAUACACAUUUUAUCGCAUAAAUUAAAACCACCAGUGCAACAUGUCAACGAAACGCCGGGUUCGUCAGUUGGAAUCGUGCAGUCGCGAAAUGUUCGGGGAUUUGAUCAUCCACCACCAAACGCCGCCUCCGCCGUCGGAGGCGGCCCUCCAAGCCGUCAUCCACUCGGUCCCCAUAACCGUGAACAUCCGCAAGACCUCCACGCCUUGCAGAUACUCCGACCACGAAAAACGCAGAGCCUCAGAUCUGGUGGAGGAGCUGCUCGUCGACAUCUACAGCCACUUGAACAACAUCUCCGACUACAAUUCGGCGACGUCGAGCAAGUCACACCGCAGCUUCGUGGAAGUCGACCAAUUGCGGAUGAAAGAUGUAACCGAAUUAUCUUCCCUCGUUAGUUAUUUGGAAUACCACGUGGAGCGCGCCGGCAGUGUUCUGGUGCGGCAGCUGAAGCGCCGCGACGCUUUGCGUCGUCAACAAGACGCACACUCUGACGUCAUCACCGGCCAACUUCUAAAACGAAGCGGCUCGGACGGAGCGGAGAUGCGGUUCUCCAUCCAGCCGGCACCGGGAGAGUCCGGCUUUUCUCAAUGGUCGGCGGCUAUGAAGAUGGUGGCUCAAUUGUCCGGGGGCAUACCCCCGGAAUUUCGCAGGAGAUUGUGGCUCACACUCGCUGAUAAGCACUUGGCCGCGAGGGGCAUCGACUGGCCUAAAGUUGAAAGGAACUGCUUCAGUGAGUGGUCUCACCCGGCGGAUUCAGAACUGGGGGUCCAGAUUGUGAAGGACUUGCAUCGGACAGGCUGCAGCCUUUUCUGCGGAAAGGAUGGACAGGAAAAUCAAGCUUUGCUCAAAAGGGUGCUUCUGGCCUACGCGCGCUGGAACAAGGCGGUCGGCUACUGUCAGGGAUUUAACAUGUUGGCAGCUCUUAUUCUUCAAGUGACUGAAAAAUGUGAGACUGACGCUCUAAAACUCAUGAUUUACUUAAUUGAAGGUGUGCUUCCCGACUCGUAUUUUGCCGAUAGUUUGCGCGGGCUCUCAGUCGAUAUGGCCGUAUUUCGCGAGUUGUUACGGUCCCGUUUGCCGCGUCUCUCUAAGCACUUGGAUGCUUUGCAAAACGCAGCUAAAGACGGAACUACGAGCUACGAACCUCCGUUAACGAACGUCUUCACCAUGCAAUGGUUCCUGACGUUGUUUUGUAAUUGCCUUCCACAGCCCACGGUUCUACGUGUCUGGGAUCUCAUCCUACUGGAAGGCAACGAAAUUCUUCUCCGUACGGCUCUAGCGAUUUGGCAGACGCUUGCCGAUCGAAUACUCGGCGUUAGAAGUGCAGAUGAGUUCUACUGCAUCAUGGGAGUCCUCACUCGAGAGUUGCUCGAGUUUGAAUUAAUCGACGCCAAUUCGUUAAUCAAAUCAGUGGUAGCGAUUGGGCCUUUAACGGAAUUGAAGAGCCUUCGCGAACACUACUUGUACAAUAUAAACCCUUGGGGGACUUCGGUUUCGACGCUUUUCCCCAGUAACGUGGAUAAACAAAUGAAGCUGUACGCUAAAGAUCGACUCGUCUUGGAUAUAAGUGCGCUGAAGAAGCAGUAUACUAAGUUAAAGCAGAGACAGAGACAAGCGCAUAUAAUCUUCAGUGCUGCGAUCUCGAGACAACCACCACCUAGUGCUCCGGUUGCCAUGAACCACCUCCUCCUCGGAAAAAGUGCCCUGGUUCCGGCAAAACGUCUAGGUCCGCCGAAAGGGAGCAUCCCUCCAGCUAGAGUCCCCGCGAGUACGCUCCUCUGGAAAGACGCCCCUAAAACUAGCGAUAGUUCUUCAUCCUCCGACACCGAACUGUGCGAUGACCCCAGCGACUCGUCUUCCCCCGAAGAAGACGAAGAAGAAAUCAAAAGUCAAUUCGCUAAAGACAAUCCCGAGAAUCUUAUGACUACAGACAAUAAAGUCGACGGUGAAGAAGACGUUGCCAACUCUUCCAACAGCCAAAUUAGUAGUGAUAUUUUUGAUAAUACUGCUUCAACUAGUGUCAACAUGUUCGAUCCGGUCGAGUCGGACGACGAUAGUGCGGACUUUGAGAAGUUCCUCGAGGACCGCGUUCGUUGCCUUAAAGAAAUCAAAACGCCUUCGGACGAGGACGCAGAAGGCGCAGUCCGGACGAAACACGGUAGGAGAAAUAGCGAACGCGCCCUGCAAAUUAUACAAGAGAACUCGUUAAUAUUGCACCGAAUAAUGCAGUGCCAGUCAAGAUUAUCUCCGUCUCCGCCUUUUGUUACUACGAACAAUGAGACGGAGGCAACAAUGGAGUCACCGAGAGAAACGAUAUCAUCGACGAGUUUCUAUGACACGAUUUCGAGCAGUAUUAGUCGCGAAUUCGCGGAAGACAAAAGCGACGCGGAACAAUGCUUCACCGCCAUGGAAAAAAUCGACGAAGAUCAAGAGAACAAGUCGCCGGAGUACGGCUCAAGGUACAGCAGCAUAUUGGAGAAGAGUCGCAACCUGGACGAAAAAUACAACAGUUUGAUCUUGAACGCCGGUGUGAGGAGUAUAAAAACUGUAGUCGAUGAGAGUGAGCCCAAAAGUGAUCUUAUUUCCGAACUCAACUUAAAAUACGAUUCGAUGAAUCUGAGUACUAUUGAUUCUUAUAGAAUACCGAAGGAUGAUAAUUACAAAUUUAGCAGCGAUUCUCAGAGAAUAGCGGAUUUGUAUAGAUUCGAGGUCGACGAUGAUAAAAAAAGUGGCUUGGUGGAUGUCGGCGCGGCGAAGGCAAAUCUAAGUCUUAACCUGGAACAAAGCGCCUCCUUGUAUAGCCCCCCGAGUCCGCGACUGGCGACUUUAAAGUCUCCUUGUUCAGAUCGGAGCGAAAAAUCACCUAACUCCAAAUCACCGAAUAAAAUAUUCAACCCUUUCCCCGUCGCGCUGAACUCUAGGCAAAACAAGGAAGUUCCUUUAAAACUUGGAUUGUACAAAAAAUGACAAAACAACUUUAUACUAUUUUUAUUAAUGUUGUGCUUAUAAUAAGGGAAAGACUGCUCUAAAUUUUAUCGUUACAUUAUUAUUGCAUUGGUGCAUUGCUGAUGCGUUAACUUUAAUUACAUAACCCGACAUCGGUGACACCAUCAAAGAGGAAGUUGAUGACUAGACUUGAUGGUGUCGACUAGACAUUUUAUUAUCGAAAAACCUCGUUGAUACUAUUUUGCGCUGUGCCAGAUCCGUUCUAAAGUUGUAGCAAAUAAUAUAUAUUUCCUUAAAAAUUGUUAUAGCGUUGACUCAAUAAAUACAUUCUUGUUU